AUGUCCCCGGAUGCUGCAAUCAAAUUAUUUUCAGAUAAACUAUCCCCCUACGAACUUUCCGAGAUACAGUUAUACAGGAAUAUAUACUUUAUAGGGCAGAAUGCUAACAAGAGACAGAAUGCUGUUGGUACUGCCAAUAACGAUGGUUUCGAUGAUGACCAGGGCUCCUACAUUCACAUUCCUCAAGACCACAUUGCUUACAGAUAUGAGGUUGUCUUGCGAACAAUAGGAAAGGGCAGUUUUGGGCAGGUAGUAAAGGCCUACGACCACAAAACUCGAACUGAUGUAGCGCUUAAGAUGGUCCGGAAUGAGAAAAGAUUCCAUCGACAGGCGCAAGAGGAAAUAAGAAUCCUGCAGCAUUUGAAGCGAGAGGAUGUCAACAAUUCGUGCAACGUCAUCCACAUCAUCGACCACUUCACAUUUCGCAACCACAUCUGCAUCACGUUCGAGCUUCUCAGUAUGAAUCUCUAUGAACUCAUUAAGAGGAAUAAGUUUCAGGGUUUUACCUUACCCUUAGUGAGAAAAUUCGCCUACUCGAUGCUGCAGUGCUUGCAGCUGCUCUUCACGCAUUCUAUCAUUCACUGUGAUAUGAAACCGGAAAAUGUUUUACUGAAGCAAUCUGGUAGAAGUGGAAUCAAGGUGAUAGAUUUCGGUUCUAGCUGCUACGAGACUCAGCGUAUAUACACGUACAUACAGUCGAGGUUCUAUAGGGCACCUGAGGUCAUCUUGGGAGCCAAAUAUGGCACCCCUAUCGAUAUGUGGAGUUUCGGCUGCAUAUUAGCCGAGUUACUCACCGGCUACCCACUGUUUCCUGGUGAGGACGAGGGCGACCAGCUGGCCUGCAUCUUCGAAGUGCUCGGCAUGCCCGAUAGGAGGCUGUUUGAAAGUUGCAAGCGGACCAGGAACUUCAUCAACUCACAGGGUAUUCCAAGGUACUGUUCAUUAGUUGCACCAGCUAACGACGAGAACGGCAGUCAGCCUGAACUGACGGGGGGUCGAUCAAAACGCGGCAAGUACCGCGGACCUCCCGGAACGAAACCCCUGACAACGGCACUCCGACACAACGGAUCCGUGACGGGAUCAGCCGCCGCCGAAGACUCCAUCUUCGUUGAUUUCUUACAGCGAUGUCUCGAGUUCGACGCCAACGUUAGGAUGACUCCAUCGGAAGCACUGCGACACCGUUGGAUCAAACGCAAG